GAGGUGUAGCAAGAUGGCGCACGCCGCACGUACGAGACCCCUCUCUUUGCCAACGUCUGCUGGUCAGGUGAUCCGCAGCGUCUGACCCGUCUGAGAGCGUAGUCACGGCGCCUGCGCGGAUUGGCCAGCCUGUGUGUGCUAGUGUAAGACAUUCAUUUGCCGCAGACAUGGAGGAGCAGAGCCGGAGCCAACAGACACCCCCGGCCGGCAAAAGCAAGGAGACCGGCGGGGAUAAGGCCGAGCCGGUGAAGGAUAAGAAGGAGGAGCAGGAGCUGUCUGAAGAAGACAAACAACUGCAAGAUGAGCUUGAAAUGCUUGUGGAGCGACUGGGGGAGAAAGACAGCUCACUUUACAGACCAGCUCUGGAGGAGCUGCGCAGACAGAUACGCUCCUCUACUACUUCCAUGACCUCUGUUCCCAAACCUCUCAAGUUUUUGCGACCACACUUUGGCAAACUUAAAGAGAUAUUUGAGAGUAUGGCACCUGGAGAAAACAAACGUUUUGCUGCUGAUAUAAUUUCUGUUCUUGCUAUGACCAUGAGUGGAGAGAGGGAGUGCCUAAAAUACAGACUGCUAGGCUCACAGGAGGAACUGGCAUCAUGGGGUCAUGAGUAUGUAAGGCACUUGGCUGGGGAGGUAGCUAAGGAAUGGCAAGAGGUGGAAGAGUCUGAUAAAUCUCAACGGGACACUCUGCUGACGUUGGUGAAGGAGAUUGUUCCAUAUAAUAUGGCACACAAUGCUGAGCACGAGGCCUGUGACCUGCUGAUGGAGAUAGAGCAGAUGGACAUGCUGGAAAAAUACAUUGAUGAUAAUGCCUAUGCUAAAGUUUGCCUCUAUUUGACAAGUUGUGUGAGUUAUGUUCCUGAGCCUGAGAACUCCGCUCUCUUGCGAUGUGCCCUUGCCAUCUUCCGCAAGUUCAACCGUUAUCCAGAGGCUUUGCGCCUUGCUCUGAUCCUCAAUGACAUGGAGCUUGUGGAGGACAUCUUUACUUCCUGCAAGGAUGUGGUUAUCCAGAAACAAAUGGCAUUUAUGCUAGGCCGCCAUGGAGUAUACCUCAGUCUGAAUGAGGAUGUGGAAGAGUAUGAAGAUUUAACGGAAAUUAUGUCCAAUGUCCAACUUAACAGCAAUUUCCUAGCACUGGCUCGUGAACUGGAUAUUAUGGAGCCCAAAGUGCCAGAUGAUAUUUACAAGACACAUCUAGAGAAUAACCGAUUUGGAGGCAGUGGAUCACAAGUGGAUUCAGCUAGAAUGAAUUUGGCUUCAUCAUUCGUGAAUGGAUUUGUUAAUGCAGCAUUUGGUCAAGACAAGCUACUGACAGAUGAUGGCAACAAAUGGCUGUAUAAGAACAAGGAUCAUGGAAUGCUAAGUGCUGCCGCUUCAUUGGGGAUGAUCCUUCUGUGGGAUGUGGAUGGAGGACUGACUCAAAUAGACAAAUACUUAUAUUCCUCUGAAGACUAUAUCAAGUCUGGAGCUCUCCUGGCCUGUGGGAUUGUGAAUUCUGGAGUGAGAAAUGAGUGUGACCCAGCUUUGGCUCUUCUAUCAGACUAUGUUCUGCAUAAUAGCAACACAAUGCGUCUUGGUGCCAUCUUUGGGCUGGGACUUGCGUACGCUGGUUCAAAUCGUGAGGAUGUUCUGACACUUCUUCUUCCAGUAAUGGGUGAUUCAAAGUCCAGCAUGGAGGUGGCCGGAGUAACAGCUCUUGCUUGCGGGAUGAUUGCUGUAGGAUCAUGUAAUGGGGAUGUAACAUCCACAAUCCUUCAGACAAUUAUGGAGAAAUCUGAACAGGAGUUAAAGGACACUUUUGCACGUUGGCUUCCUCUUGGUUUAGGACUGAAUCAUCUGGGGAAAGGUGAAGCUAUUGAGGCCAUCCUUGCUGCAUUGGAGGUUGUUUCUGAGCCCUUCCGCAGCUUUGCCAAUACUCUAGUUGAUAUCUGUGCAUAUGCAGGUUCUGGAAAUGUCCUGAAAGUGCAACAACUUCUUCAUAUCUGUAGUGAACAUUUUGAUUCUAAGGAGAAGGAAGAGGAGAAGAAGGACAAGAAAGAGAAGAAAGAGAGUGCUGCUGACAUGGGAUCCCACCAGGGUGUGGCAGUCCUUGGAAUUGCACUCAUUGCAAUGGGUGAAGAAAUUGGUUCAGAAAUGGCACUUCGUACCUUUGGACAUCUGCUAAGAUAUGGGGAGCCCACACUUCGUAGGGCUGUUCCUCUGGCUUUGGCUCUCAUCUCUGUAUCCAAUCCAAGACUGAAUAUCCUGGACACAUUGAGCAAGUUCUCUCAUGAUGCAGACCCGGAAGUGUCCUAUAAUUCCAUCUUUGCCAUGGGCAUGGUGGGCAGUGGCACCAACAACGCCCGCCUUGCUGCUAUGUUGAGACAGUUAGCUCAGUAUCAUGCAAAGGAUCCAAACAAUCUGUUUAUGGUGCGACUGGCACAGGGUCUCACUCAUCUGGGAAAAGGCACACUCACUCUUUGCCCAUAUCACAGUGAUAGGCAGCUCAUGAGUCAAGUGGCAGUGGCUGGGUUAUUAACUGUUCUUGUGUCCUUCCUGGAUGUCCGAAAUAUUGUGUUGGGCAAGUCACAUUAUGUACUGUAUGGUUUAGUAGCUGCAAUGCAGCCACGCAUGUUGGUCACUUUUGACGAGGAGCUACGGCCACUACCAGUAUCUGUGAGAGUGGGACAAGCUGUGGAUGUUGUGGGCCAAGCUGGCAAGCCCAAGACCAUCACAGGAUUCCAGACGCACACUACACCCGUGUUGCUUGCACAUGGUGAGCGGGCAGAACUGGCUACAGAGGAAUAUCUGCCUGUAACGCCCAUUCUCGAGGGAUUUGUUAUUCUUCGAAAGAAUCCUAAUUAUGAUGUGUAGUGUGAUCAGAAGACGACAUGGGUUGGUUGGGUCUAGUUGUGGGGUUUUUUUUUUUUUUUUCCUAUUUGUAACUAAAUCUUAUUAAAUAAUUGACAACCA